AUGUAUCCACCAGGUGGCAGAAACCAGCUGAGGCCCAGGCUCUCGCAAGCUCUUACUGUUAAUGAAAAAAUUCUGGACGACAGUUUGCAAAGGACGUGUAUACUGUUUGGCAAAAGAAGUGGGAAACUCUAUUCUCUAAAAGUCACUGUAAAAACAUUAAAAGAUGACUUUGAUAUUGAAAUUGUCAUCUUGGUAAAAAGAGAAGCUUUGAGGGAGAACGUUUUUAGUUGCUUUUUCUUUCUUUUUGAAGGGAAGGGAAUCAAGCUUCUGACCUUGCUGCUUGCUUUUGUGGCUUUGAGCAGCUGUUGUUUGAGCAAGGUUGUAACGCAAAGUAGCCUUCUCUUUAAUUGUGACCUGAUUCUGAGUUAUAGAUUGCUUCUAACAGAUAACUGCCAGUCAUUGGAAAAGAGGAUAUGGGCAAAGGCUGGACUGAAACGGUUCUUGGAUUUCUACCUAGUUCUUCAGGAACUAAUUCCAUAUGUUAAAGGUCGGGAGUUCAUUAUCCCUUCGCUGGCACACAGGUUCAUAGCAGAGAUGGUGGAUUUUUUUAUUCUGUUCUUCAUAAAGGCAACCAUCGUUUUAAGUAUUAUGCACCUCAGUGGAAUAAAGGACAUCUCUAAGUUUGCCAUGCAUUACAUAAUAGAAGAAAUAGAUGAAGAUACGUCCAUGGAAGAUUUGCAGAAAAUGAUGAUAGUAGCUCUCAUCUACAGGCUGUUAGUCUGCUUCUAUGAGAUCAUCUGUAUUUGGGGCGCGGGUGGAGCAACCCCAGGGAAGUUCUUGCUUGGACUGCGAGUUGUGACAUGCGACACAUCUGUACUUAUUGCGCCCAGCCGUGUGUUAGUCAUUCCAUCUUCUAAUGUCAGUAUGACAACGUCCACAAUACGAGCUUUGAUCAAGAAUUUUUCUAUCGCUUCAUUUUUUCCUGCCUUCAUUACACUGCUGUUUUUCCAGCAUAACAGAACAGCCUAUGAUAUCGUAGCAGGGACCAUUGUGGUAAGAAGAAACGGAGUCAGAUGAUACCAAAAGAUGCGAUUUCCAGACUGGUUUUGAACAUCCCCUCCCGCCCCCAGUGAACAAAGACCUACCCCAAACCUGAAAUCGAGGUGUCUAGCAGAAUCUUUUGCCCAAAGGAAAUGGGAACUGAUUCAGAAGCUAAAGGAAAUGUUUUACUCCGGUAUGAUGCCAGCAGCUACCUUCAAAGUAUUGGAGUUUUCAUAAAUGCCAAAGAAGUUUGGGAGAAACAAUACGUAUUAAAUCUGGAAGUAUUAACCACCGAUGGGUGAGAAAGUAAGUGGCUGUGUUAACUUCAGAAAGGAGCCGUUCUGUUCCUCAGUCUGUGGCAAGCAGAUGCCUAGAAAUACUCCACCCUAAAAGAAAUGUCGCUCCUACUGUUUUGGAUGUUGGCAGGUAACUAGAAAAUCCAGUCGCCUAAGUCACACAAUAAACCCAGAGGGGAAGAGAACUGCAGUAUUAGGGAAAAUCACGUUGAUUAAAUUGCCACGCGUGUAGAAAGAGACGAGCGGUGUUACUCAUGUCCCGUAUUAUUGCUUCGCAGAUGAUAUUCCCUCACCUCUUGAAGUAUUUUAUCAGAACAUUGAUGUGAAAAGUUUUUUGCAUGACUGUCUUUAAGCAUUGUCACUUACUCCACGUCAAAGCUAAUGAAGAGGUGAAAUACUAGCUGCUUUUACUCUGGGAAAGGGUAUGUUACGCUGCAGUGUUAGCGGACUGGCGUGUGUAAAUAAUUCUGGAGCUGUGAACAGUACCGAUCACGCUAAGGAAAGGUAACUCUCUUGCUUCUGUUUGGAGUGAAAGCACUUGUCUAUUUCUUGCAUAUAAUACCAAGCAAAACAAGGGAAUGUGUUUCAGGAGCAUGCAGAAAACAUUAACUGAAACCUGUUACGGGUGUAAAGCUAGGGAAGUACAAAUACUGGUUAUUUUCACUUUAUAAUUCUGCCUAAUUGUUUGUAUAUUCAGAGUAACUUAAAUACUGAAUAAAGAAGCCUAAUAUUUUGCAUGAUUACA